ACGACGCCUUAUAUCUUGUACCUAAGACGCUUCCUUUCUACAUAAAAGACGAAAAAAAAAAAAAACACAUCAAGUGGCGAUCUUUUCUGGAAAAAUGACUGAAAAGGAGCAGACUGGCUUGGCUUCGAUUGUUUAUUAUUAUCAGGAAAAAUUUUACCGGCAUGCAAUAAACAUUGCAAAUGAACACCUGAAGAAGAAUGUCAAUGACCCGGUGAUGAUGUUUUUUAAAGCUUAUGGCGCAUUAAUGGAAGGUCGUACACAAGAAGCUAUCCGAGAACUGAAUGAACUGAAGGACCAUCCAGAUGUUUCUCUUUGCUCCAUAAUGGCUCUCAUUUAUGCUCACAAGCAAAGUGAAAGCUUAGACAGAGAAGCUGUUUCAGAUUUGGAAAGUCAGUUGAAGACAAGUCGGAAGACAGCUGGAGAGCAAAUGUUGUAUCAUGCAGGUCUAUUUCUAUGGCUCCUAGGGCGCAGUGACAAAGCAAAAGAGUACAUAGACAAAAUGCUGAAGAUUCCAAGUGCAUCAAAAGAGGGCCUUAUUCUUAAAGGGUGGACUGAGCUUAGUUCUGAAAAGGAGCUCAACAGACACAAAUCUAUUAAAUACUUUGAAGAUGGACUGCAAGAUUCAAAAAAUGUAUUUGGCUUGAUGGGGAAGGUGAAAUAUUUUACAAUCAAGCAGAAUUAUUCAGGAGCCCUUGAAAUUGUCAACCAGAUAAUAGUAUCACAUCCUAAUUUUCUGCCUGCAUUGCUUAUGAAAAUGAAGCUUUUUCUUGCUCAGCAGAACUGGGAACAAACUUUGGAAACUGCACGGAGAAUUCUACAGAAGGAUUCAACUAAUCUGGAAGCUCUGCAAAUCAUGGCUGUCUACAGCCUGGCAAAGGAAGGUGACCUGGCAAAGACGACUUCUCAUGUUGGUGAAAUCAUUAGCGCUCUAGAAACUGUCGAACCUUGCAAUCCAAGUCUUCACAGUACAAUACUGAGUCCCAUCAGCAAACUGUGUGGAAACAACCAAAUGCUGUUACAGCAAAUAUCUAAUGCAGUUGAGCGCGCACUCAUGAAAGCACCUACUGCGGCGGACAUUGCCAAUGAGCUCGGUUUCCUGCUACUCUUUCAGUCCAGACUUCAGGAGGCAUCCUAUUGGUAUUCCAAUGCAAUGAAAUUGGAUGGAAACAAUCUGGCAGCUCUUACAGGUGUCAUUCAGUGUCAACUCCUUCAGGGGCAACUAGGGGAAGCAGAGCAGCAACUGGAGUUUCUAAGGGAGGUUCAGCAAUCCAUCGGGAGGUCACCAGAAGUUGCAUACCUUGAAGCAGUUCUCUCUGCAAGAAAAGACAAAGGGGAACAAGUUGUGAACGCUCUGCUCAACGAAGCCAUACAGCUGCACUUCUCUGGAAUGGAGGGCCUGCCUUUGGGAAUGGAAUAUUUUGAGAAGCUCAAUCCUAGUUUUCUCCUAAAUGUUGUAAAGGAAUAUUUGGCUUUAUGUCCACAACAGCCUAUGCAACCUGGUCAGCCACUUCCCAUUAUGGUAAAGCAAUCAUCAAUGAUACUGGAACCCAUAGUAAAAAUAACCCCAGGCCUAAUAGAAGCAGUCUACCUCAUGGCAAAAGUGAAAUUUAUUUCAGGUGACAGUGAGGCAUGCUUGAGCUGUUUACAGAGGUGUCUGGAUCUCAAUCCUACUUUUUCUGAUGCCCACCUUCUGAUGGCCCAGGUUUAUCUCAUCAUGGGAAAUUUCAGAAAAUGCUCACAGUCUCUAGAAACAGGUGUAAGCCACAACUUUGAGGUUAGGGAGCUUCCACUCUAUCAUCUUAUUAAAGCGAGAACACUGAAAAUGAUGGGUGACCUCCCAGAAGCUAUCAAAACUCUCAAGAUGGUGAUGAGCUUGCCUUCAAUGAGAAAAGGAGCAUCAGCAAAAGCUGCAUCAGUUUCUAUUAGCACCAGUGAUCGUGUGUCAGUGUACCUGGAACUGGCUGAGGUCCUACGUCUAAAUGGGGAACUGCAUGAAGCUACUAAGAUAUUACAAGAUGCUAUUGUUCAGUUUUCUGGAACAUGUGAAGAAAUUCGAAUAACAGUGGCCAAUGUUGACUUAGCUAUAAGCAGAGGUGACACUGACACAGCACUAAGCAUGCUCAGAAAUAUUUCUGCCACCCAGCCAUACUACACACAGGCUAAGGAGAAGAUGGCCGAAAUUUAUCUCUGUCAAAACAAAGACAAGAGACUCUACGUAGCAUGCUAUAGAGAAUUAUGUGAGCAGCUUCCAGGUCCACAUACAAGCUUACUACUGGGAGAUGCUUAUAUGAAAAUUCAAGAGCCUGAAAAAGCUAUUGAGGUGUAUGAGCAAGCACUGAAGAGGAAUGCAAGGGAUGCAACUCUGGCAAGCAAGACUGGACAGGCCUUAAUCAAGGCACAUCAGUAUAAUAAGGCUAUUAACUACUAUGAAGCAGCUAUAAAAAUCAGCGGGCAGGAGUUCCUUUAUUAUGAUUUGGCGGAGCUGUUUUUAAGACUCAAGCAACAUGAUAAAGCUCAGAAGCUUGUGAAACAAGUUUUGGAACAUAAAUUUGUUACUGACUUACCAACAAUGAUGAGUGAUGUGAAAUAUUUAACAUUACUAGCAAGAAUUCAUAGCAAGUCAGGAAAAUCCCCAGAGGCUAUGGAUGCACUUAACAAGGCAUAUGAUGUUCAGUCAAGAGUUUUGAAGCGCCUCGUGUUGGAGCAGCCUGAGAUUAUCCCUACCCAGAAACUACUGGCUUCGUCACUCCUCUCACUGAUGGCAGAACAGUGUGUAUCGCAGAAAGACUUUGACAGUGCAAUCAAACACUACAAAGAAGCCCUUUCAUUUUCAGAAAAAGACAGCAAAUUGCUGAUUUCAUUGGCAAGACUGUAUCUGGAUCUAGGAGAUUUGGAUUCAUGCCAGCGCCAGUGCAUCUUAUUGCUUGAGAAUGAAGAAAAGAAUGAGGAGGCAGCCAUGAUGAUAGCUGACCUUAUGUUUAGAAGACAUGAAUAUGAAAAUGCAAUAUCCCAAUGUCGUCAACUAAUGGAAAGGUCACCAGAUAACUUUUCAGUGCUGGAGCGUUUGAUAGACCUACUCAGACGAACUGGCAAGCUUGAUGAAGCACCAGCUCUUUUGCAAAAAGCAGAAAAUCAAUCUGCCAGGUCCACCCUUGAGCCUGGGUAUAAUUACUGCAAAGGCCUUUAUCUGUGGCAUUUGGGACAACCAAACGAAGCCCUAAGACUUUUUAAUAAAGCCCGUAAGGACAGCGACUGGGGCCAAAAGGCUGUGCAUACCAUGAUUCAGAUUUGUCUUAAUCCAGAUAAUGAGACAAUUGGGGGAGAGGUUUUUGAAAAUCUCAAUGAGGAUUCAGGAAGUAACAACAGUGCAGCAGAAAAGAAAGAGUCGGAGCAGCUGGCAGUGAAGACGGCUCAAAACCUACUGAAGGAGUUCCACCCUCGCACAAAGCAAUCCGAGGAGCAGCAGAUUCUGCUCCAGAACAACUGCCUGCUGGCAACCAGAGACAAAAUGAAUAUUGAAAAGGCACUUUCUGUGUUUGCUGAAAUGGCUUCUUCUGAGAAGGAGCAUGUUCCUGCUCUCCUGGCAAUGGCACAAGCCUAUAUGAUUCUGAAGCAGAUCCCUCGGGCCAGAAACCAGCUAAAAAGAAUUAACAAAGUUAACUGGAAUGCAGCGGAAGCUGAAGAGCUGGAGAAAAGCUGGCUUCUUCUGGCUGACAUUUAUAUAAAAGCUGGCAAAUAUGACAUCGCAACAGAUUUGUUGAAGCGCUGCCUACUCUACAAUAAGUCAUGUUGUAAAGCCUAUGAGUACCUUGGUUUUAUCAUGGAGACUGAGCAGUCAUACAAGGAUGCUGCAAGCAACUAUGAGAUGGCCUGGAAUUACAGCAAUCGGGCAAACCCAGUUAUAGGUUACAAGCUGGCUUUUAAUUACCUGAAGGACAAAAAGUAUGUUGAGGCCAUUGAUGUCUGUCGAAAGGUUCUAAAUGACCACCCUGGAUAUCCAAAAAUCAGAAAAGAAAUAUUGGAAAAAGCACAGCUGUCAGUGAAGGCCUAAAACCAGGACCUCCAUUUUUUGGACAGUAUCGUAUUAUCGGACACCUCAAAGGCAGCAGAGCUGAUGCUUCUCCUCUCCCCCUGCUUCCUAUUGUGAUCUGCAUGACUUGUUCAGGAUGUUUUCAGAAGCCUUCCACAGGUUACACUCAGCUUGGUGGCCCUGAAUCUCGAGAACUUGAUGCCACAAAAGGAUCACAGAGACUUUAUCCUGAUUUGUAUUAGCUGAAUUUUGUGUACUUGAGCAUUUGGGUCUACAUUUUAGGCCCUGCACAUUACAGAUGGGGAUAGAACUUGUUGUUCCUUUCAGAAAAAUAUGUAGGAUUCUAUGUUUGAUCGAAUAAUUUAAUGGUCAUUGGUGAUAUGAGUUACCAGCCCUGUCUCAUAAUGAUGAGCAAGAAGAAAUGACCUGAACCUAAUAACCUGAAACAAGACUUGUAGUUAGGGCCAGGCCAAACCAGGCCAGGUGAAAAUCAGGAGAUUAAAAUGAAACACAAGUGAGCACAGCACAGGGGCAAACCAAAAAUCAAAGUCCGAAAUGAAAUCAAAACUCACAUGAAACCUAUAAAUUGUCCACCUUGAAUUGAAAACUAUUGGUAAAGAUUUCUGAGGUUUGUUCAACAUAGGGAUACUGGUACCGAGCACGGAAUAUAUUUAUAGCAUAACUACCACUUACAUCAGAAUCACAUCAGUGUCACAUAAACAAAAGAAUGAAAGGGAAAAAAAAACUUUGUGUAAACAAAUAAAAAUGUUUUGAAACCUCCAGAAUUCAGUUUUAACAGAUAAAAACAUAAAAACACACAUCUAGAAAUGUACAAUUCUUACAAGUAGCUGAUGAUUUUUUUUAAGCUGUUGGAGCAUAUUUGCAGCUUUAGAAAAUGAGUGGAGAUGUGUUUCUUGUAGAUGGAUGUCACACCCAAGAGACAUGGAGUGUUAUGGCUUGACAGUCUAACUAAUUCUACUCUGCAGGCUUUCUAAAUCCAUAUGACAACUCAUUACAAAAUCAACAAGCAAAGUAAUAAUAGCCUCUUUUACUCAUGUAGGAAUUUACCAGUAAACUGUGAUACCAAAGCCAUGGUCUAACAAAGCUGAGUCAAGAAUCCCAGAAAAGCUGUCCAACAAUUCCACCACUUGACACCUGGUAUAGCCUACUUCCAAGGAAUUUCUAAAUUUUGAUGAAUAUGCGAACAAAGGCAGAAAAUUAAGAGGCGAUCCAUGAAAAAACAUCAACAUGUCCACAUGUACAGUAUGUACUAUUCUCUCCUGGCUAUGUGAGUGAACCAAUAAGCUUGAUAAUUCAAUUGAAAUUUAGAGAUAUCAUUGAAGUUUAGCUCAUUUCUAAGGUUAGCUACUUGGAAAAGUCUAUAAAUUAGGUUUUGAAAUAAAGGAGCUACUCUCCAAACAAGCCAAAAAGCAAGCAGCUGAGCCCCACUGUCACUUGAUCUAUGUGUGCACUGCCUGCUUCAUGUCCGCCAGUCACAAGUUAUUGAUACUGUAAUGGGAAACAUUGGGUAAGUGGAGUGUGUAUGCAGUGGAACUCAAGGUCUGUAUGGUAGUCUAAAUCAAUAGACAUGCAGAAAUCAAUGUAGAAAAGAAUGAUUGUGCCAGUCAACCAUUGCUCCUCACCAAUGCGUUUUCUUUUUACAAAAUAGUAGUCACUCUGAACCUGGAAAGAGAGUAAACACUGUUGACUUGGGAAAUUCCUGUGUCACCCUAGUAUUUGUAAAUGAGCAAAUUCCACUAAAUUUCUAUGCUGGUUAACAUGGAGAUUUCCCAAGGCACGUGUUAAAGAGACAAGUGGCGCGCCAAAUCUUCUCUCUGUUAAUCCAUUUCUCUAUUUUUUCAAUAGAUGAACUCAUUACAAAAUAAACAAGAUGUUUAGUCAGGUUGAGAAGCUCUUUCUUUGGUACUUUCUCCCUAAUGAAAUCUUCCUAUAUGAAGAAGUACAAUGUAUAAACAUUAUGGCUCAGCCAACAAGCUAUUCAGCAGCAGUGUGUCAGAAAACGCUACGGGGGCUCCUUUAUACAUACGGCAAUACAGCUCCAUAA